CUUCCAUCUUCUGGGUGUUUUCUACUCAAAAAAACCAGAGAAAAAAACCCAAAAAUCCAUGUCUCUAAUGGAAUCCAGCUCUGCAACUACAGGAGAUCAGAGUCAUAUUAAAGGAAUUAUCACUCAUGGUGGUCGUUAUGUUCAAUACAAUGUGUACGGUAACCUUUUCGAAGUUUCUAGAAAGUACGUUCCUCCGAUCCGGCCUGUUGGUAGAGGAGCCUACGGUAUCGUAUGUGCGGCAAUGAACGCGGAGACACAUGAAGAAGUUGCCAUCAAGAAAAUCGGUAAUGCAUUCGACAACCGAAUAGAUGCCAAACGAACUUUGAGAGAGAUCAAGCUUCUCCGUCAUAUGGAUCAUGAAAAUGUUAUCGCAAUCAAAGACAUCAUACGACCUCCACAGAAGGAAAAUUUCAAUGAUGUAUACAUCGUUUAUGAGUUAAUGGACACCGAUCUUCAUCAGAUAAUACGCUCAAACCAACCUUUGGCCGAUGAUCAUUGUCGGUAUUUUCUGUACCAAAUUCUUCGAGGACUCAAAUACGUUCAUUCUGCACAUGUCUUGCAUCGUGAUCUAAAACCGAGCAACUUGCUUCUGAAUGCUAAUUGUGACCUAAAAAUCGGAGAUUUUGGACUUGCAAGGACAACAUCUGAAACCGACUUCAUGACCGAGUAUGUCGUUACUCGGUGGUACCGGGCCCCGGAGUUGCUCUUAAAUUGUUCAGAAUACACGGCGGCAAUUGACAUCUGGUCGGUAGGUUGCAUUCUUGGUGAAAUCAUGACCCGACAACCCUUGUUCCCGGGCAAAGAUUACGUUCAUCAACUUAGACUCAUCACCGAGCUCAUUGGUUCACCGGAUGACGCGAGUCUUGGAUUUCUCAGAAGUGAUAACGCCCGAAGAUACGUUAGGCAACUUCCUCAGUAUCCAAAGCAACAAUUCUCUGCUAGAUUCCCGAACAAAUCUCCUGGUGCUCUGGAUUUGCUCGAAAAGAUGCUCGUUUUCGACCCAAAUAGGCGUAUUACAGUUGAUGAGGCUCUUUGCCACCCGUACUUGGCACCCCUUCACGAUAUCAACGAAGAGCCGGUUUGCCCGAGGCCGUUCAGUUUUGACUUCGAGCAGCCAUCCUGCACUGAGGAGAAUAUCAAAGAGCUCAUAUGGAGGGAGUCUGUAAAAUUCAAUCCUGACCCGACUCACUGAGUGGGAUGGACUCACUCAGUCAAGAGAUAUAUAUACAUAUAUAUGCAUAGGUGCUAUAUAUAUGUAUUAUAUAUAUAU